UGUGUAAGAUAAAAUACUGAGAUUUUUUAAAAUUAUGUUCCUUCACUUGUUGAACAUUAUACGUUAAAUCGGGGCUGUGGUCUGGGACGCUGAUGUAGUUACAACACCCCUCCGUGCUCUGUUUUGGACUCUUCCGCGUUGUCAUGGAUACGAGCAAAACUACACAGACAUGGCUAGGCUGGUGAAGUUUUACGGUCAGAUGGAGCGCAUUAAAGAGCAAUAUUUGAUCAGAAACAGAAAUGCAGAAGAGAACAGACUGCGAGAAAAUGCUGCAGCAGUGAAGAUUCAGAGCUGGUUUCGAGGCUGUCAGGUGCGAGCCUUCCUCAGCUAUCUUCACCGGAAUGCGACUGUAAUACAGAAAACAUGGCGGGCUUUCAGCGCACGCCAGUACUUUAGGCAAAGGGUAAAGACAGCAUAUUUUCUCAUGAAGAUGAAUUUCUACAAUAAGAUGGCUGUCAAGAUACAACAGAGAUGGAGAGGCUACUACAUAAGGAAGUACGUUCACAAUUACUAUGAACGGAAGAGGUAUUUGGAAGCCUUGGCAAAGAAGAAUGAACAAGUCAGGAGAGAACUCGAGGAACUAGCAGAGCACCAGAAAAAAGAGAGAGAGCGCAUUGCCAUGGAGAGAGAGGAGCAGGAGAAAUAUAUGCAAGCUCAACGACUUCACUUCCUUCUCAGCACCAAACAGCGCCCAGGUGUGUUCAACUCUCCGUUCCGCCCAGAGCCUGAUGAGAUGGAGCUGAGGUUAAGGACAGUAAAACUUUUGCGGACAAGAUCUGCUCCCAAAGAAACAGCGACCAACCAGCAGCCAUCUGGCUUCUUGUCUAGCAUAGAGAGACUACCACCAAUACAUAAGACACCACAGGGGCCUUUCAGGGCAGCUGCAGAGGUUCAGCGGCAGCGCCAGCGGCCCCUGGAGCCGAGCCUGCGCGUGGCCACAUCCAUCACGGCCCUGGAGGAGGCCAGAGAGGAGCUGCGGCAGCACGAAUGGAGGACUCGCCUCAUCGACCAGCCGUUUAUGCCUUUCUCAAAGGCCCACCCAAACAAAGAAUAUGAGGCUCUUCUCCGCACACAUUCUCCAUAUCAGCAGACAGCGUACGGAAAAAAGUACUUCCGAGAAGAAGACAGGACCCAUCUCCAAGGGAAAAAGAAAUUCAAGACAGUCUUCACAACCUGCCAAGUUUUUGACAAGUUUGGACGACUAUACUCCGAUACUGGGAAAAUUGUUUAGCAGAGUAAAUCAAUGAAAUAAAAUA